AUCUCCAUCACCCCUAUGGUGAAACAUGAUAGGAGCAGCAUCAUACUAUGGGGGUUCCACUCGGCGGCAGGGACAAAUGAAGCUGACAUGUACUUCAUGUACUAACGGAUCAGAGCGAGGUCUGCUGAGAGGAGCUGCUCCCCGUUCCCAGUCUUUUUAUUAGCAGCUACCUAGCCAGCAUUAGCCGGCCGGAUGCGGUGAAAGCUCUGGAAGAAGCUAACGCUACAAUAGCACUUAGCUACUGGCGGGUCUACAGAAGGUGCUGAGGAGCGGCUUGCAGGAUGUCUGGCUGUCGGCAACAACCACAACAACAGCAGCAGUCCGGCUCUGGUUCGGGGUCUGCACCGGGAACCAGUUCUGGCACCACCGCUGCUGCUAGCAUGGCUAAUAAGAGCAGUAGUAGCGCCAGUGCUAAAGUAUUCUGUUUUCGAGAGGUGGGUUCGGACGACAUGCAUGUUUUGUGCUCGCAGAAAGCCGGAGCGAGUAACAGCAGAAAAAGACCACUUUAUAACGGUCUUAUUCAUCCUUAUGAAGAUAAGAGUAACGACUUUGUCUGUCCCAUAUGUUUUGACAUGAUUGAAGAAGCUCACAUGACAAAAUGUGGCCACAGUUUCUGUUACAAAUGUAUACGACGGAGUUUGGAGGACAGUAACAGGUGUCCGAAGUGUAAUUACAUUAUCGAUAACGUGGAUCAACUAUACCCUAACUUCUUAGUAAACGAGCUGAUCCUCAAGCAGAAACAGAGAUGCGAAGAAAAGCGGGUGAAACGGGACCACCCCAACGGAACAAAAUGGCAGUAUUUCCAAGAUGUUCUUGGCCCGGAACAAGAGAAUCUGGAUUUAGCAAACGUCAACUACAUGUUGGAACUCCUAGUGCAGAAAAAGAAGCAACUUGAAGCGGAAUCUCAAGCAGCGCAGCGUCAAAUCUUGAUGGAGUUUUUAAAAGAAGCUAGACGGAAUAAAAGAGAGCAACUGGAGCAGUUACAGAAAGAGCUAAAUUUCCUGGAAGAGGACAUAAAAAGUGUUCAGGAAAUGAGUGGGUUGUACUCGCCAGUGGUUGACAUGGACCCUAAUUUGGACAGCACUGUUCCUCAGUUUGGGGAAGCUAACUCCCCUGCUCCCAGCAGUAGCAUGGUAGAACCUACAGAGUAUAUCCAGCCUCCACAGUUUGGUGGAAGCGCACAGGGGAAAAGACAGACAUCGUACAACAGCACUUUGGCCUCACGAAGAAAGAGACUAACGGCUCACUUUGAGGACUUGGAGCAGUGCUACUUCUCUAGCAGGAUGUCUGGAAUUACAGAUGAUAGCAGGACUGUCAACCAGCUGGAUGACUUCAUGGAGUGCCUGUCCAAGUUCACACGUUAUAACUCGGUGCGCCCUCUGGCCACUUUGUCUUAUGCAAGUGACCUCUACAAUGGCUCUAGUAUUGUUUCUAGCAUUGAGUUUGACCGUGACUGUGAUUACUUCGCCAUUGCCGGUGUCACCAAGAAGAUCAAAGUUUUCGAAUACGGGACUGUGAUCCAGGAUGCUGUGGACAUUCAUUAUCCUGUUAACGAAAUGACGUGCAACUCCAAAAUCAGCUGUAUCAGCUGGAGCAGUUAUCACAAAAACCUACUGGCGAGCAGCGACUAUGAGGGAACAGUAAUCCUUUGGGAUGGCUUCACUGGGCAGAGGUCGAAGGUUUAUCAGGAGCAUGAAAAGAGAUGUUGGAGUGUUGAUUUUAACCUCAUGGAUCCCAAACUUUUGGCCUCAGGCUCAGAUGAUACAAAAGUCAAAUUGUGGUCUACGAACCUGGACAACUCGGUUGCAAGCAUAGAAGCAAAGGCCAAUGUAUGCUGUGUCAAAUUCAGUCCAACAUCUCGGUACCAUCUCGCCUUCGGUUGUGCAGACCACUGCGUUCAUUAUUAUGAUCUGAGGAACACUAAACAGCCCAUCAUGGUGUUCAAAGGUCAUCGGAAGGCCGUGUCCUAUGCCAAGUUCGUCAACGGAGAAGAGAUCGUGUCUGCCUCCACAGACAGCCAGCUUAAGCUGUGGAACGUGAACAAGCCUCACUGUCUGCGCUCCUUCAAAGGCCACAUCAAUGAGAAGAACUUCGUGGGUCUGGCCUCCAACGGAGACUAUGUAGCAUGUGGAAGUGAAAACAACUCCCUGUACUUGUACUACAAGGGGCUAUCCAAAAUGUUGCUGACCUUCAAGUUUGACACUGUAAAGAGCGUGCUGGACAAGGAUAAGAAGGAAGACGACACUAACGAGUUCGUCAGUGCCGUCUGCUGGCGGGCUCUUCCAGACGGGGAGUCUAAUGUGCUGAUUGCAGCUAACAGUCAAGGAACAAUCAAGGUACUCGAGCUGAUUUGAAGCUCUUCCAGGACCGAUCCUCCGAUCGUCCUAACAAACUGCAUCUCGGUUCCUCUUCCUGACAGAGGCACACGAGCACCGAUGCUCAGGCCGUCCCGACGGCGAACUUUUCAGCACCGACUGAGCACAAGCGAACCAAAAUCUUUCCAUUUUUAUCAAACCGAACUUUGCAGGAUGCCUGUUUCACUCUAGUAUCAGGCCUCAAUGUGAAUUGAAGAAAUUUAAGGCGUGGGUGGUAGAGGGAAGUGGCCAGCACUUCUUUUAGAAGCAUUUGUGGGAGAAAAGUGCUCUAAUGGUCAUUUAAUAAAUAAUAAAGACUUCAGUACAGGCAAAUUUAACAAAGAUAGGAGUACAAAGCCAAAGCACAAGACAACACAAUGAAACGCUUGUUGUUGUACUAAUAAUUUUUGCUGUGUCAUAGUUUGAGCCUGUCCGUGUCUCUUUAUUUAAUCCGGCGUCUGUUAUGUCAUAAAACCAUCAUUUCAGUUUGGCUCUUGCCUGUGGACUGCUAAACUCAAAUUGAUUACUGGGCCUUCUACAGGGGAUAUUUCGGUAUAUUUCACAAAGGACCUCAAGACUUUGCUGCCUCUUAUAAAUAGGGUGGGAUUCUAUGCUUCAAAAGUCAGACAAAUUCAAAUGAUUAAUAAUUCGCAUUCAUUUCCAUGAUUUUUCCCCUGGUUGUCAUUUCUCACACCUAGGGAUAAAUUGGGUGUUAUAACGACACUAUGUAUUCUCCAUUGGGAUAAUUCCACAAUCACCCAAACAGUGUGCUGCUCUUUCUUUUUUUUAUUCAGUUAUUGUUCAAGUAUUAUUUAUUUUUGUAAUUUAUAGAAUCUUAUGUGGACUCCAUCCCCCAUUAUAUUGUCAGUUUUUGGACCUUGGACCUCUGUCUCACCCCAGUACUUCUGUUUGUAUAUCUAGUCUCUGAUUUUAACCCAUUCAUUUAAUUGAAUAAAUGAUUCUCUUUG